AUGAAAGAGGAGAUGAUCUGGUCUAGGGAUUUGAAAAAGGACUUGGGAAUAAAGAUUGGAAUUGCUUGGAAAAGGUACAGAAACUUUGGCAACACGUUCAUUUUAACUGAGCUUACACGUCCCAUAAGGAGAUGGCACCAAAUUGUUCAAGACAACCUGGAGAACGUCGGAAAGGUGGUGCAGGUCCUGCGGCUAAUGCGCAUCUUACGGAUCCUCAAGCUUGCGCGGCAUUCGGUCGGGCUCCGCACCCUUGGUGCCACCAUGCGCCACAGCUACGAGGAGGUGGGCCUCCUCAUACUCUUCCUCUCCGUUGGCAUCUCCAUUUUUUCUGUGCUCAUCUACUCGGCCGAGAAGGAGAAUGCCGACUCCGACCUCAGCACCAUCCCCGUCGGUUGGUGGUGGGCCACCAUCACCAUGACUACCGUUGGCUACGGCGACACGUGUCCUCUAACGACGGCCAGCAAGGUGGUCGCCACACUCUGUAUCAUCUGUGGACUGCUCGUGGUCGCCCUGUCCAUCAGCAUCAUCUUCAACAAGUUCUCCAAGUACUACCAGAGGAACAAGGCCUUGGACGCCAACCAAUGUGCGGAAGCCGAGAAGCCUCAGGACAGCCCCUUCAUGCACAUCCGAGAGCUGUAUGCUCCGAUGGGAUCUCCUUCAAAAACAGUGAAAGCAGUGGGGGGGGCGAUACAGUCCUUCAGGAUGUUGAGGCUGAAUAUGGUAUGAACACUCUUGAGAAAAAAUUGCUGAAAUAAAUGAAGUUUCUUUUUUUUUUUUUUCUCGUUUCCUCGCUGGCUAGCUGCUGUGGUCAAAACACAUUUUACUGCUGAAAGCACUUUGUUGUCCUCAGGGCUAAUAAAAUAUCUCAUCUACCAGCCUUUCAACACAAUACCAACAUCUUUUUAGAAUGCGGGAGAUGUCUGGUUUCAUUUUCAGUUAGUGCUGAUUUGAGGUUCGGAGGAAAUGUAAUGUUUUUGCCGCACCCUAAUUGGAGAAUGCACAGUGGUCAUGGCAGAGAGCCAAGAAACCUAAAUGUGUUCAUUUGCCUCCCAAUUGCCAGUAAACUAGGCGAGUGUCAAUCUGUACCCUUCCAUUACAGACCUUAUCUUCCUGCCAGGAAGUGUUCGCAAUGAGGUCGUAUACACAACAAAAUAGUCUUGGAAGGGAAGCCCAAUCCGAACUCUUCACAAAAAAACUCCUACUCUGGUUUUGAGUGAAUUGAUUAUCUUUAUUGGA